UCCUUAUUAAAACAAUCUAUGUUUGCUUCCCCAAUUAAGACUUAUUUUGUGAUUACUUUAAGACAGCAGAACAGAAAAACAGGAAAGUAAUAUUUUGGAUUGUAUAUUCAUUUUCAGCUGUCGCGUACUUUGAAAAUAUACAGAUGUUGGUAACGGAUCAUAAGAUGACGUGGCAUACAGCAGACGAGAUUUGUACUGAGGAGUUCGAGGACACUGGUUACAGACACCUAGCCGCCGACAUACCCGCAAGAAUUCAGGACUACAACCUGAGGCGAAUGGAGGACUUUGAGAGUGUAUGGCUAGAUGCCCUGAUCUACGAUCUGGGUUGUAGAGGCGAGGUAUGUUCCCGGGUGAUAGAAAGGCACAGACGGUUCCUCACUCACGACUUCCACCAUUUCUGUCAGAACGGGACCGAUAAAAUUUCAAUACGAAAACAUUGUCGGACGGAAAGAAUAUCCAACAUUACUUCACCAUAUAUGAUUGGAAAAUUACGUGACAUUUCUAGAUUCGCUGAAGGACAGGAAUUUAUCGUCAAUGAGAUUGCAUUAAAGAAAUCUACACAUUUUCAAUGCGAAAUGGCUAGAAAACUUAAUGGAGGCAAAUUCCGGAGAAUGUUCGUAAGAUGCAAUGAAUUCCAUAAAGCGCUUUGUGAGCAUUACACAAGAGAUUCGAAAAUGGUGACCACAAUACAGUAUAAAGAAGAAGAAAAAAGAGAUUCCGAACUGUUUUUGUUCCAAAUUCCAAUUGCCCUCGGGACAUGUAUUCCACGGAUGAUGAAAACGAUAAAUGACAAGGAGUGAACAAAAGCACAUAUAAUACAGAAUUACCUGUAAUAAUGUAAAUUAAUAGAGGACGAAGCCCUCUCACGGCCCGAAGGGCCGUGAGAGCGGAGCUCUCCCUAUAGGUAACACGUACAACUGUAUAUACAUAUUUAAAAGGAAAA